AUGUGCUGAGCAGCCGAAGUGCCGCGGAAAGUGGAGGUGAGGGCCGCCCGCCCCAGAGGUGCUCAUCCGAGAGGCAGGUGCGGGAAGAGCCUAACCUUUUCCCUGCCCAUGGCUCAGUCGCCUCCCCAGGGUUUCUUUGCACCGAAAGUUUGGAGCGGAGCUAACAAGGAAGAUUUCUGAGCAUUUUGCUGGCAAAGGGAUUUCUUACAGCCUCCAGGCAUGCGUCUUUCUGCCCUACUGGCCUUGGCAUCCAAGGUCACUCUGCCCCCCAAUUACUGCUAUGGGAUGAGCCCCUCAGGCUCCUUGGCAGACAAGAGGAAGAAUGCCCCAUGGAGCAGGCGGCGCCCAGUGGUUGUGGAACCCAUCUCUGAUGAAGACUGGCAUCUGUUCUGUGGGGACACGGUGGAGAUCCUAGAAGGCAAGGAUGCCGGAAAGCAGGGCAAAGUGGUUCAAGUUAUCCGGCAGCAAAACUGCGUGGUCGUGGGAGGGCUGAACACAUAUUACCGCUACAUUGGCAAGACCAUGGAAUACCGAGGAACCAUGAUCCCUAGUGAAGCCCCCUUGCUCCACCGCCAGGUCAAACUUGUGGAUCCUAUGGACAGGAAACCCACUGAGAUUGAGUGGAGAUAUACUGAAGCAGGAGAGCGGGUACGAGUCUCCACACGAUCGGGGAGAAUUAUCCCUAAACCCGAAUUUCCCAGAGCUGAUGGCAUCGUCCCUGAAACAUGGAUUGAUGGCCCCAAAGACACAUCAGUGGAAGAUGCUUUAGAAAGAACCUACGUGCCCCGUCUAAAGACACUACAGGAGGAGGUGAUGGAGGCCAUGGGGAUCAAGGAGACUCGGAAAUACAAGAAGGUCUAUUGGUAUUGAGCCCAGGAACAGCAGCUCCUCCCCAACUUGUGUCCCAGCCUUGAAGGCUGAGGCACCUCUUUUUCAGAUGCCAAUAAAGAGCAGUUUAUGAGUC